AGCCUUCGUCAAGCCGCCCUGCUCUUCGACAUCCCCUUUACUACACUGUUUGACCGCUUCAAUGGCUAUACUACAACCUACCAGGCCGCUACCCAACGGUUUCAACGCCUUACGCCUAAAGAGGAGGAAUCUCUUGUCAAGGCCAUCUACUAG